AUGGACGCCAAAGGCAAAGGUGGCAAGGGUGCCAAGGGGCCGAAGUCAGAUGCCAGUGCGGUCAAAGGGCCCAAAGGCAAAGGAAAGGGAAGCUCGAGCUCCACGACAAAGCCUGAGAUCAGCCCGACAAAAGCAAUGAAACCCCUGUGGUGGAGGAGGCUCUUGCUAGGAUCUGACAUCAAGGCUGCUGGAUCGAUCUGGGAGAAGAUCGAAGAUGCGACCAAAUGUUUACCCAUUGAGGAAUUUGAGACGAGGUUCAGCAAGACUCAGCCUGCGAAGCCAUGCUCUCAGGCAGCUGAAUUAGAGACCAUCCCGGUGAUUCGAGUCAGCAACGCCUCCCAUGACCGGGAGCUGCGGCUGCUGCCACCACCCAAGGAAGUGGCAGAAAGUCUGAUGAACUUGGAUGACCGUUGCUUGGCGCUUGAUGAGCUUGAACGACUUCAACAGCAUGUGCCGGCCUCAAUGAAGGACCUAGAAGCUCUGAAAAGUGCGAUGGAGCUUCAGCCGCAUGCUCGCCUGGGUCGCAUGGAAGAAUACUGGCUCGCAGUUUCCCAGAUCCCGGCCUGUGCUGAGCGCAUGGCUUCGUGGCAUUUCGUGAGGACCUACCGUGAACGGGUCAGGCAUCACACUGAACACUUGCAGGAUCUCAGCGAUAUGUUUUCCAGCCUCUUGAACUGUGAGGCUCUCCCAGCUUUGCUUUAUUCAAUCCUCUCCACGGGCAACUGGCUGAACUCAGGCACUGUGGACGGAGACGCCGCAGCCUUCGAUCUCAAGCUGCUUCCAGAGCUCUAUGAAGUAAAAGGAGCUGAUAACUCAAGUUUGCAGCAUUGGAUUUUCUCAGAGUUCUUUGAUUCAGUAGACAGUCGAGCAGCUGAUUUUCUUGAAGCUUUUAGCCCAAUGUUGCAGAACGUGAGUCGGAAGGUCCUGAACGACGAAGCAAAGGUGAGCAAAGGGGUUCACUUGACAUUGGAAGAAUGCGAUGAGGCCCUCUCUGGGUUGGAGGCAGAGCUCUGCAGAGUGCAGGACGAGCUCCAACGAUGCUUGGAGCCUCUUGAUGCAACUGAUCCAGUGAAGCGCCGUUUGCAACGAGAGUUCACUACAGCUACUGCAUCUAUGGCUGCUGUGGGUCAACAAAGGGAUGCUCUCAAAGUGCAGUUCGGUGAGCUUUUGAAGUGGCUCCAGAUGACCGAGACGAGGAGUGAUGCAUACAAGAACAACACCUUUGAGGAGCUUUUCUGUCAGGGCGAGACCUUUAGGGUGCAAGAAUUCCAAGCCAUUUGGGAGUUAGAUCGGACAUAUGGCACCUUUGGAGAAGAAGGAGAUCCUCCAUUUCAGAGGCAGCUGUCCCGAUCGCCGGCAGGCUCGCCUGCAGAAGCUUCUCCAAGUACGAGCCACCUGAGCCAGCUGCAGCUGAUCCCGCUUCCCUGGACAAAGAUUGAGGUGUCAAGUGGUCACAGUGUCUGGAAUGCCGUGCAGGCCCAAGUGGCGUCUCCCAUCCCCCAGGCAGAAUUACUGCCUCGAUUCUCAGCCAAAGCAGUUGCGGAAGCUCAAGAGCAAAGAUUGGCCAAGGAGGCCAAGUUCCAGCAUGAACCCAGUGCGACGCAAAGCCAAGGUGAGGCCUUGCCCAAUGUGAAGGAUCCAGAGACGUUGAAGGACCCUGAAGAAGCUCGAAGUUUGCAACAGGAACCUCAUGUAGUGUUGACAUCCUUCGUCGCAAGCUACUCGAAGACAUUGGAAGCAUGUUCCAAACCUUUGGAGGAUCUUCUUGAUGUUGCACAAUGUUUCCUUUGUUCAGAGGUUCUGCCAGAUUUCCUGGCGCUGGUCCUGGCGACUGGGAACUACCUCAAUGGAGGAACAGCAAGAGGGCAGGCAGAUGGUUUUGACUUGAGCGAGAUGAGUAAGCUGCAAGGGAUUCAAGAUUUUGACGGCAAAGACUUGCGCCACUUCAUCUUCGAGGUCUUCUGUAGGCAAAUGCCCUGCCAAGCAGAACAGUUCUUCAAAGACUUGCGGCCAUGCUUCCAAAAUGUGCGAAAGGCGAUCUCCAAAGAUGCCAUGGGCACUGCCAGGCUGGAGAAGACCGUUGUGCAUGACUUGGAGACGUUGGAUGAGCAGGUCUCCCAGCUGCAGAGAGAUUUGGCAGCGGCACAGGAGGCUCUCAGCUCGAUGGCUGACCACCUAGAAGGCGAAGCAGAUAACCUGGAGAAGGCAGCUGUUUAUGUUGGAGAGGUGGUAGUACUUCGGGAUGCGGCCCAAGCCGAAUUUGAGAAGCUUUUCAGCUUCCUCAGCAUGAAAGCCAUGAGGACUGCUGACUUUUGCUUGUUGUGGGACAAUCUUUUCCUGCCGGGUGACUUGAUGGUCAACAAGGGUAAGGAUGACUAUUUCAUACCCGCCUUUUGCUGUCAAGAACCCUUCCAGAGAGAGCACAUUGAGGUCUUGUGGGGUCUACACAUUCCCGGUGAGGCCGAGCAGAGUGAGCAAGCUUCAAUGGAGGGACCGCUGGACGCUCAGCAGUUUUGUGCUGCACUGAUCCCUUUGGUCCAGAGCCCAGAGGAUUUCUCCAACAACGCCACGGCCUUCUCUGCUUGUCCUGGCACCAGAUCAAACGGGGGUGAUUUAGGUGAGGUCGAAAGAGGUCAGAUGCAUCCGGCCAUUGAGGCUGUGCUCUUUGAUCCGGAGCUGGAACUUCGAGUUCCCUUGGGGCCUGUGGAAACAGAUGCCGGAUAUCAUUUGAUCAUGGCCAGGAAAAAGUGCAAAGGAAUUCUUUCCACCACGGUUUCUGCCAGUCACAUCUUGGUGAAGCACGGACGUUACAAGCCUCCAGCUUGUGAGGCAUCGAUUCAUUUGCCAAACUUGGUGGGAGAGGAAGGCGACGUCGCGCGGACUUGGCGGCGAUGGUCUUUUGCGCAUUCCUUACCUCCAGCACUAUCACACUUGGCAGAAGCACAGGACGAAGCCGAGCAACUCCAGCAAAAGCGUUUGGCCUUGCAGGGGCAACCUGGUUUGCGACUUCUAUUUAGGUGGGAAGGUGCCUUUGUAUUCAAUAUCAAAGGCAUUUUGUCUGACAUAUCUGGUGAUAUGGUUGGACCCAUCAACUUGGUGGACGGGUCGAUUGAUUCUGAUUCGCGGAUGAAGCUGGGAAAUUUGCUGACCUUGGAUGAGGCUAGGGCUCUGAACGCAGAGAAGGAUGGUUUUGAUGGACGCUUGCAAUGGAUUGAGACCAGUUGGCAGGAUGCUGCUGGCAUUUUGGACAGUGCGAGCAUGUGCACGGCAGAGAUCUUACUGCAUCGAUCUGAUGCAGAUGGGUCACAUGGCAGGAAAACCGGGCCCAGUGUUCGGUUGCGGGUCAAGCCCACCAAGCUAGCCUAUGCUGCUUCGGAGCCUGGGCUUCGCUUGGGCCUUUCAUCAUCCAUCAAAGUGCAGGACAGAGUGGCCACCUUGGUCAAGCAGCUUGAAACAGGGGAGGUCCUAGUGAAAGUGGACAAUGGAGAGGAGGAGAUCAUAGACCCACGCCCGCGAACGGUGGUUGCUGCAAGCUCAAUUGCAAGGGCGCCAGGAAUUCAGAUCCUACUCCUUCAUGAUGGUGAACAUCUACUUCAUGCUGAAGUGGAAGAGUCUGCCAGAAAGCAGAACUUGCUUCGUCACAUCGUCGUGCACAACGGGACACGGCAGGAAUUUGACCUCAACGAGAUGAACCACAGCCUUCAACGGUUUUCGAGCGCUCAAGAAUUUGAAGAAGCCCGCAUGGCAUACUGCAGACAGAUCAUGGAGGACGGUCGGUACAUUGAGGAUGCGAUCACUGGAAAUCGUGUGGACAUUUCCGAGCAGAUCGUGCGAGUGGAAAUGCAGGUGAGGCGUCAAAGCGACGCAGAAACUCUCAGGCACAUGCCCUUUGAUGACCUCGAAUGGGUCUCAGAUAGCAGCUUCCGCCUUGGAGAGCGUGUGUGGGCGCAGGGACGUGAGGGCACCAUCGAGCAUUUACAAAAGCACAACCGCUACAUGGUGAAGUUCUCUGAUGGCUCAUCCUCUCCGGCAUUGCAUGCCUCCUCCAUCAAACGAGCGCAAGCUAUUGCUGGGGUCCAAGACCGUAGCUUUGCCAAAGUCCAGGAUAUUGCGGAGAUUGUGCCGUUGCUCUUGCACCCAUGUCGCUUACAGGGUCGACUCCAUGGAGCUCAUUCUUCACAGCCCGUCCUUAUCCGGGCUGGGGCAGGGACAGGAAAGACGUGGUCGAUGCAGCAGCUGCUGUUUCUCUUAGCCAGCGAGUUGAGUCGUCCAGAGAAAGACAGCAAGCUGCGAUUGGUGCCCCUGCUGAUUCCUAUCCAGAAGCUGGCUCGAAUGCUGCGAAAAGCCAACUCUGAGGAAGGCUAUCCUUCCAAUUUGGUUCUUUUCUACAUUCAAGCCGAAUUUUCGGAUGGAAGGACGAGGAGGCUGUUGGAGCAAGCCUUUGAAAUGCGUAGUCUCAUUGUCAUGCUCGAUGGAAUCGACGAGGCAGCCAGCAUGAAGCUGGCGGUGGAGGACUACGUCACAAAGACACUGGUGCCAAUGGGCGUGCCUUUGCUUGUGACUUCUCGACCUGAAGGCAUCCGCAAGAGGCUGUACUCUCGAGAUUUUGUCAUCAUGAACCUGAAACCACUGGGCCAAGAUCAGCAGCAUAAAAUCAUCGAGAAGCAAUUGCAGAAGAACAACUUCUUCAGACACUUGUUGGCUUUUCAUGGAGCCAGAAGAGAGCAGGAGAAGACCUUCAAGGACAGCUUCUCUCCGCAGCAAGUUGAGCAGAUCGAAAAGGCAUUGCAAGCAACGUGUGGUACAGCGGCUCCUCAGUCCACCCACUCUCCUGACCAUGAAGUUUUGACAGCAGUGUUUUUUUUGCAUUGCAGUCCGCUUGCUGAGUGA